UCCAUAGUGAUAUGAACAAAAUGGGCAUCUCUACAGACCCCGCAUUACUGGACGUGGAAUUGCCACGCACAUUGAUAGAAUCACCGUCGGUGUCCACAUUUCUGCCCGAGGAGGAGGCAUCCAUUUGUCCACUGCUGUCCUCGAAUACCAAUGGCUCGACGACACCGAUGACAUUCUCACACCCAUUGACGCCGUGCAUCGACAACGAUAACGACAGCAAUACUUCGGCGAAUUUGUGUAACGAGGAUGGCAAGGUCGAGACAAGUUCAUCAUCUGGCAGUAGCUCUGGCAUUGGUAUGAGUGUACCGGAUGAGACCUCAGCGACCCUCUUCAAUAAGCACUCCUACAAACAUUUGCAAAAUAAUAACACAUCCGCACAGGAUUCAAAUGGUCAUGGACCCAAUGGCAACAUACCGCUUGGCAAAGACACACCGUCGUUUGUAUCGUGGAAUUGGCCUCUUAUACGGAAAUGUACGUUUUUUGUUUUCAUGUCCAGUUUGCUGGCCAUGUGCGCCGUGGUGGUGGCCAUGAUUGUUACUCUGCCAAAAACCUGUAAUCCAAAGACAAUGUGGUACCGUGGCAGUGUCUUUUAUGAAAUAUUUCCUGCCAGUUUUCAAGAUUCCGACAACGAUGGCAUUGGAGAUUUGCGCGGCAUUGCCAAACGCAGUGACUACCUCAAGUCACUGGGAGUUUCGGCAAUACGUCUGAAUUCAAUAUUUCCUUCAACUCAUUAUCCUGAAGAUUUCGUGAAUAUAACUAGCCUUACAGAGGUCUCCAAAGUUUUGGGAGCAGUAGACGAUGUACAACAACUGAGCCAGGCUCUACAUUUGCGCAACAUGUCACUUGUUUUGGACUUACCCUUGUAUCCCUUUUUAAAAGAGUUGGGAAAAUCCGAUGGGGCUAGUGCGGUGAAGGUUUUGGCCAGCACGGCAUUGAACAUAUCCGAAGAGGUUGUUGUGACAACGACCACUCCUAGACCAGUGAUCACAACGAAUGUAAUUACCCAAGCAUUGCAGCAUUGGAUAAAAUUCGGCGUCGAUGGUUUCUAUAUAAAGGGUCUGGAGAAUUUUGUAGAAUUGGAAGACAUUGAUUACCACAUGGCAGAAUGGAAGGAUAUCCUAGGUGAAAGUCGAGUCCUCAUUAUAAACGAAGAAGUAUUGCAUAAAGUCGAGGAACCCCAACGAAGCAACCUCCUGAAACACGUCGAUCUUGUGGAUGUACACUUGAAUGUUUUCAAUGGCGCCCAAAGUUUGGAAGAACGCAUCAAUAGAGUACUUACCUCUGAAAUUGCUCCUGCUGAUCCCGGAGUAUGGGUUCAGUGGUCUAUCGCCGGUGUGGACCAAGCCCGUCUGACACGCGAUGGUUUGAAUUCUAAUUUUACACUGACUGCCCUCCUAAUGCAACUCAUGCUACCUGGAACACCAAAUAUUUUCUAUGGCGAUGAAAUUGGUCUGCAGGCCGCAAAAGAUCAGCUCAAUGAACACAACGAGACCAAACACCUACAUCAUUUGUCCACCAUGCAGUGGCCUGAGAAUUCUACCCAGCAAUUCACAAAUCGUGAAACCCUACCAUGGCUGCCCAAAGCACCGGCAGCGAAUUUCGAUUAUUUACCGGUUGUCUCUCGCAUGAUUCAGCUACGUGAUCGCUCCCCUUCGAUCUACAAAAAUGCAAUCUGUAAGACGGAAACGGUCUUGCCCAACACCGCAAUUAGACGAAGUGACGACGACAUACUAAUCAUCGAGAGAAUAUAUCCUCGCCGCAAUGCGUUUGCUUCAAUCUCGAACUUUGGCCAAAAACGACUAACCUUAGACAUGUCAUCGAACUUCUACAGUGGUGUCGCGAUGUUGCACGACAGCAGUGAAAAGAUAUAUUUCAGUGACUUCCAGAUUGGACCUGCCGAAAGUAUCAUUGUUCGACUGGAUAAAUAA